AAGUCGCAGAUACGCUCACUGCUGCUAUCUGUUCUGGUCGCCAGUCAGCGAACACCUCAGUUCAUACACACAUCGUGUUGCAGGCAGGCAAGUCGGUCGACAUGGCCCUCGUCUCCUCUCGUCCAGCGGUGUUGCGUCAGCCGCGCCCUCCUCACGUAAAGGGCGUGCAAAAGCUCGUUUGUAUGCCCUUUACGUAUGGAGGCAAGUGGUGACGCCAUCACCACAACAAGAGGAGGCCGCACAGCGCUUCUCUUGCACAACGUCAUGAUCGAUCUGUCUGUCUACCCCAUUUUGCAUUCCCGUCUCACCCCACGCAAAAGAAAAACAGCAGCCAGCAACCCAACGCAGUGCCCUUCGUUGAUCCAUCAUGCUACAAGCCUCUCUAGGCACACAUCGACAGAAACAUACACCCACCGACGCGCAAACACAUACACACACACACAAACCAUCCCCUUUGUUUGUCUGUCUACUGGUACAUGGAAGUGGGCGGUGGUCUGUCUGGUGCGGCCGUCUGCAGGGGCGGGACGGGCAGCGGCAGGGUGGCCUCGUGCAGCCAGGCCAGGAAGUCGGGGUCGCGCUGUGCGUACGGCUCCAGCUUGGCACGCACCUCAUCGUGGUAGUCGUUCAGAUACAACACCUCGUCCCUGCACACACACAUUAUUACACAAACACGUCAGACACUCUGUGCGAGGGAGAGGGGGACGGUGAGAGUGGGGAGUGCUGUGCCGACCGUGUGAGCAGGUCGAGGUCGAUGAGUUUCUUCUGUAUGGGAACCAUGGUGAGGUUCUCAAAGCCGUAGUAGUCACGACUGUCGGGGAAGUUGUUCCUGUCAGACAAAGACAGAGAAAAGGUGGGCAGUGGUCGGAUGGAUGCUCCGCCCUCUUAUCGACCUGGUCUCGGCCUUGACGACGGUCACCAAAUUCUCAAUCCGGAUGCCCCACUCAUUGGACUGAACACACACACACACACACGGACGGGAGGGACCUCCAUCCAUCCAUCCGUCCAUCGCACAGGCCCGCGAUUCGACUGACCUCAUAGUAGCCGGGCUCGUUGGACACGAUCAUCCCCGGCUGCAGCGGCACCCUGCACACACCAUCCCACCAUACCACCACACCACACGCCAAGUGAGUGAAGGAGCAGAGUAAGAAGCCCCUUGGCCCCUCCUCUCUGGCACCACCCACUUACGCGCCCGCCCUGCUGUUGCCCUUGGUGGUGAUGCCGAUGGGCCCCUCAUGCACACAGAGGAAGGACCCCACGCCAUGGCCGGUGCCGUGGAGGUAGUCCAGGCCGACCUCCCAGAGGUGCUGCCGGGCCAGGCAGUCCAGCUGAGUGCCUGUCGUGGUGGCGGGGAAGAUGCAGCGCGCCACUGCUACGUGGCCUUUGAGCACCUGACAGACAGACACACAGGGGGAGAGAGAGAGGAAUUGGGUGUGUGGGCGUGGAGCGUCUCAGUGAUGUAGGUGCGCAUACUGACUGACCCGUGUGAAGCACUCCUUUUGUUUCUGUGAGGGUGUGCCGAGGUGGAGGGUGCGUGUGACGUCUGUCGUGCCGUCUCGGUACUGCGCACCUGAGUCUAUCAGGUACAUCUCGUUGCUGCACACACACACACACACACACGCACGGGGACUCGUGCAAUUGCGGAUCGUCUGUGUGUGUGUGUGUCUGUGUGUGUGUGACGGACCGUGUGAUUUUCUUGCAGCCUGCGCUUUUCUCUGGUUUGUAGUGGAUGAUGGCGCCGUUGCUGCCGACGGCCGAUAUGGAGGGGAAGGACAGAUCCACAUAGUCGGCCAUCUCACUGCGGAAGGCCUGCAGCCUGCAAUCGACCCAUCCCAUCAGGGACAGCACAGCACGGCGCCAUACGUGUCUGUGAGGGAGGGAGGGCGGCGUUGGUCUCCCUUCCUGGCGCUGUGUGUGUGUGUGGGUAUUUACUUGUCAGCGAGGUCGACUUCGUCGAGUCCCUCUUUGCCCUCCGUGACGAUCGUCUUCUCCAGCCAGUGCAGAUACCGAGACUUGGCGGCACCUGCACACACACACAGCACACCACAUCUGAGUGGAUGGAUGUGUGUGUGUGUGUGUGUGUCGUAACUGACCGUCCCGUAUGUGUGCGUGUUUGGUGCCCUCUAUCUCGGCCCCCGUCUUGACGGCCUUCAUCACCAUUAUCGGCGUGUGCGACAUCAGACGCACCUCAGGCGGAAUGGCCUGCAGACACACACACACACACACAGAGAGAGAGAGAGAGAGAGAGGGGGAUUGGUUUGACGUCUCUGCGUGUGCAUCCUGUUUGUGUGUGUGCGGGAGAUGGUGUUGCUGGCCACACCGAGUGCAGGGCGACGUUGGUGGAGGGGUCGAUCCACAUGCGUGGCCUGGGGUAGCACCGGAGGUAGCUGAACAUCUGGCUGAUCCGCUUGACGUCCUCCACCACCUGUCAAACAGAGGAUGAAGGGCGUCUGCGUAUGGUGCGUCCUCUGGCGUAGCGCACGUUGUCGUAUGGUAGUAUGUCUGUGAUGUCGUUCUCGGCCAGAUGCGCCUUCACCUCAUCAGUCAACUUGGCCUCUGCAGAGACCAGACGACAUCAGACAAGACACACAGGAAGCCGCUGCUCAUUCCGCCUAGACACACGUAUGGUAUGUGUGCUUCAUGUGUGUGUUUCGUUUCAGAGGACUGGACUGACCGUUGACAUACACCCGCACUGAACCGGAUACGGGCACCACGACGUAGCCCAAAAACACGGGCGUGUAGGGGAUGUCGGAACCUCGCAGAUUAAGCAGCCACGCCACCUACACACACACACACACAUGCAUUCGCAGGCAGAGAGAGAGAGAGAGAUGCCCUCCCCUCCCUAAUCAACCCAUUCCAGCAGUACACUUGUUCCUUCCGCAUUCACCUCGUCGAGUCUGGCCACGACGAGGCCGUGGACCAGCUCCCCCUCCUCGGACAUCUUCUUGCGCACGUCGGCCACCUUGUCCUUGACGCUCUUGCCGGCAUACUGCAAGGGCUGCACGAAGCACUGGCUGGAGGCCAUGGGAGGCUGGUCGGGCCAGAUGCGGUCGAUGAGAUUGGGCGGGUCGAUGAGUGUGAUCCGGGUGGCGCCGAGGGCGUCCGUCAGGGAGGUGUAGAAGGAGAUCGACACGCAGUAGGGGUCUGAUGAUCAGAUCAGACGAACGCCCGCAUCCCUGACAGUACUACGUGUUGGCCAUUCACUUGUGUGUGUGGCGUCAGUCACCGAGUCCGAUUUGUCCGGCGACGUUUCUCUUCAGCCACUGGGGUAUGGUGGGGGUCUCCUGCAGCCCCUGCCGCAUCAACGUCCACUCGGGGCUCAGCUCCUUCUCGGCCUGCAAGAAGUACCGCCCGUCCGUCCACAGCAACGCCUGACCACUCAGACACAUCCACACCACACACCACAGCACACCCGACAUGAGGUGAUGACGCGCCAAUUUUGUGUGGUUGGCUUGGCUUGGCUUGCCUGGUCUCCCUGUCCUCCAUCUCCCUCUCCGACAGUCACGACGGCGACCCCCUGUGAGCCCGUGAAGCCCGAGAUCCAGGCGCGCCGCAUGUCCCGCUUGCCGACGUACUCGGAGUUGUGGGCGUCCUGCGUGAGGACGACGAAUGCGGUCACGCCCGCCUUGCGCAUCUCCUCGCGCAGCGCCGACAGCUUGGCUGCCGGCGUCAUCGCCAUGGCUGUGGCGGGUGUGAGUGUGGUGCCGUCUGGCUUGAGCUUCUUUGACGGACGCUCAGCCAGAUCUGCAACGCCGACGCCCUGAACCCCCGAAAUCUUGACGCGACGAACGAAUCAGAAGGGAUCACCCUGAU